CGUCCUCCUCCCGCUCCCCUGGGCCGGCGGCCAUGGCGGCGGCGGCGGCGGGCCCGGCCUCGGCCGGCGGCGGGCGCUGGGAGGUGGUGCGGAAGGGCCGGCGUCCUGCGGGCGGCCCCGGCAGCCGCCGCGCCCUGGGGGAGGCCAACGCCGGCCGCGCGUUGCCUUUGGCCGCUCCCAUCGCUACCUCCGACACCAUCUUCGAGCUGGGCUUCGAGCGGACACUGAAGAAGCAGAACAAGGAGCAGGUCCCUCCCAUUUCGGCGCCCGAGCAGCCGCACCGAAAGCAGCACGCGGGCAAGAGCGCAAAGAAGCCGUCGGCGAAUGACGCCGGCGUCAAGCCUGGCAAAUGCCGCUCGCUGGAAGAAGCCCUGAGAACCCUCGACUUGGCAGAUCUGCAGAAGGAGCUGGAUAAAAGCCAGAGCGUGUUCCCCGAGAACCCCUCCGUCUGGGUGAAGGACCUGGCCAGCUAUCUCAACUACAAGCUGCAGGCACCCAGGAGUGACCCCACGCUCAGCCAGCACCCCCACGACUAUCCGUACUGCCUCGUGAGCAAGGAGCUGAAGAACAUCAUCAGAACCCUGCUGGGAAGGUCGUCCAGUGUGCUGGAGCUCUUCUUCGACCACUGUAUUUAUACCAUGCUACAGGAGCUGGAUAAAACCCCAGGGGAGUCUUUGCAUGGGUACAGGAUCUGCAUCCAGGCAGUGCUUCUGGACAGGCCCAAAAUCGCCACGAUGAACCUAGGCAAGUACUUGGAGGUGUUACGGUCCCACCAGAACAGGCCAGCGAAAUGCCUUACCGUCCUCUGGGCACUGGGACAGGCCGGAUUCACGGACCUCCAUGAGGGCCUGAAAGUGUGGCUCGGUGUCAUGCUCCCGGUGCUUGGGAUCAAGUCUCUCUCCCCAUACGCCGUUGCCUACCUGGACCGUCUGCUGAUGAUGCACCCAAACCUGACCAAAGGCUUCGGUAUGAUCGGACCCAAGGAUUUCUUCCCCCUCCUGGACUUUGCCUUCAUGCCCAACAACUCGCUGCCACCCAGCCUGCAGGAGCAGCUGCGGCGGCUCUACCCUCGCUUGAAGGUGCUGGCGUUCGGCGCGAAGCCGGAGACGGCGCUGCACACCUACUUCCCCUCCUUCCUCUCCCGAGCUACGCCAAGCUGCCCUCCCGGCAUGAAGAAAGAGCUCCUGACCUCCAUGAGCCAGUGCCUGAGCCUGGACCCCCUGACCUUCAGCGUCUGGAGGCAGCUGUACACCAAGCACCUCUCUCAGUCCAGUUUGCUUCUGAACCAUCUGCUGGAGUCCUGGGACAGCAGCAGCAAGAAGGUGCGUCAGUCGCUGCAGGAGACGGUUCGCUCAUUCAAAGUAACGAACGAGGAGCUGGUGGCGAGAGGAUCCAACAGUGACCAGGACGUGGCCGCCUGCGAUGCUGCCUGCAAGGAGCUGCUGCGCAAGAUGAAGGGCCGGGGCUUCCCCUGGUCGCGGCUGCUGCUCAUCCUCCUGGUCUUCGCAGCUGGCUUCCUCCUGCACGAUGUCCGGACACACGGCUCCUUCCAGGCCUCCUCUUCUGCUCACCUGCUUCGUUCCUCUGGCAUCCUGCUGGCCUCGCAGCAAGCCUGGCAGAAGGUCUCCCACUGCUGCCUCGAAGGGUACAGGUGGCUGGAGAGGAGCCUGCCGGUCUACGGCUCCCAAGUGGCGGCCGUUCUGCAGCCGCAGCUGGAGCUGCUCUGGGCGAAGAGUGGUGAGGUGGCCCUGUACGCGUCCGAGCAGUGUUCCGCCCUGCUCUCCUGGAUCCACGACAGCCUGCCCUGGUUCACUGAGUGGCUCCAGUCCCGGGUCCCAGAUUCCCUGCUGCACUUCGCCGAGUGCGUCAGAGAGCUGCUGCUCUUCCUGGUGCGAAGCUGCCUGCUGCCGCUGCUGGAGUGCGUGGCCGCAGCGCUCGAGCGGGGCUGGAAGCACUGUGUGGACUCCUGCAAUGGAGAAGUGUCAUGGGACUGCAUGAGAGAACACCUGACAAGCUUUACCUAUUCUUCUUGGAUUUACCUGCAAAACACAACUCUAGCCGUCAAAAACUGGGCCUUGGCUAUGAUUUCUGGACACUGAUCUGCUUUCUGGAGGAGUGGGGACACGGUUGUGCCAUCUCCCGAUGUUCCAGCCACCGAGGAAUAUCUUCAGCGCAACUUGGUGCUGGCCGCAGGAUGGGGAUGCCGAGGGAGAUGCAUAUGGGGACUUUGGGCUCAAAUUGGGGCUUACAGGGGAGUUUUGUUUUGUUUUGUUUUUUCCUGGGUAACACAGGUCCAGCUUUUCCACAGCUUUGGCUUUCCCUGUUCCACUGUCCCUGCUCUAGGUCUUAACCGCAUCUGUGAUCCCUGUA